AUGGCAUUGAAACUUUAUUAUUUCGACUACUCAGGAAGAGCAGAGUCUAUGAGGAUGCUUUUGAAUCACGCUAAGGUUGAAUUCGAAGAUAUUAGGAUUAAAAAAGAUGAUUGGCCUGCCUUUUAACUGAACGAUAACCCUAGCCUAGAAUUUAAGUAGAUACCUGUUCUUCAAAUUGAUAAUGGCAAAGUGCUAAGCUAGUCGAAGGCAAUUUUAAGAUAUCUUGGUAAUGAAUAUGGAUAUUACCCCAAGGAUCCUUAUGAAGCAUACCUAGUAGACUCUUUUAUUGAUGGUUUAAGUGACAUGAUAUAGGGCAUGGUUGCUUCAAAAUUCGAGCCUAAUCAAGAAAAAAGUAAAGCUAUGGUUCUUGAUUGGCUUAAAAAUGAUUACCCUAGAUUUUUAUCUAUUUAUGAAAAAAGAUUUGAAUCAUAAGGGGAUUCUAAGUAUGCUGUUGGAAACACUUUGACUAUUGCAGAUUUCUCAUUUUGUGCUUUGAUAUUUAGCACAAUACUUAAUGAGUAAUCUAGUGUUAGUGCAUUCCUAAGAGGACCAUUUGAAUAAAAUCCUAGAUUGAAUGCAUAUGCUGCUGAAAUGAGGGAAUUCUUUAAAGAGUAUCUUGAAUUAAAACCUAAGGAAAGUAUAUGA